AUGGCGCAGGCUGGAGGGUCUUACAACAAUCCCUUGAAGAAAUUCAAGUAUGCUGGUGUUCCUGGGGGAGCAGAGUGGCAAGAUACCCCCAACCCAAUCCCGGGAAUGUCAAUGGAACUAAUACCAUCUUAUGCAGUCGGGAAAACCUCUCUCAUCACACGGUUUAUGUACGAUUCGUUUGAUAACAUGUAUCAAGCGACCAUCGGCAUCGACUUUCUGUCUAAGACCAUGUAUCUCGAAGACCGGACGGUGCGGCUACAACUCUGGGAUACGGCAGGACAGGAGAGAUUUCGAAGUUUGAUUCCAUCAUACAUCCGAGAUUCAAGCGUGGCCGUGGUUGUCUAUGACAUCUCAAACGCAAAAUCAUUUCAAAACACGAAAAAAUGGAUUGACGAUGUUCGGGCGGAACGAGGCAACGAUGUCAUUAUUGUGCUGGUUGGCAAUAAGACUGAUUUGAACGAGAAGCGUGAAGUCACUACACAGCAAGGGGAGGAUGAAGCUAAAAAGAACAAUCUGAUGUUUAUGGAAACAAGUGCGAAGCUAGGCCACAACGUCAAAAAUCUAUUCAAACGGAUAGCGCAAGCGUUGCCUGGUAUGGAGGGAGCUGAUGCUGCAGCUCAAGCAUCAAGUCAGAGUCACUCUGCUUUGGAACAGCAGGCUCGUGACUUUGUUGUAGUACUAAUAGAAUAUGGUUCAAACAUGUCUUCUUCGCGAACAUGGACAGCAGCUCAGGUUAAUUUAUUUGGCCUAGUGAGCCUUCAGACUGGAACGGAACUUAUCUCAUUGGCGCUGGUUUUCAACAAGGUCUCGGGGGUUUAUGGACUGUUGGCGAUUUUGACGGGUUACCAGCUAUCCUUACUCCAACUGUCGACGUAUGUGUACUCGAUCGGUGUCCUGGGACUGCUCGUGUAUCUUAUUCCCCAUAUCCGACGACAAAGCCCUUUCGAAUGCUUGGCAUUAGCAUGGUUAUACAUUCUCGACACGACGAUAAACGGAGCUUAUACGGCCGCGUUUGGGCUUGACUGGUAUUUUGCGAACACUACAAACAAUGGAUCGGAUUCGGCAUCUAUAUCUCUCCCAGGCAUUGUUGCACAAGGGUUUGACGGCCUUCGGCGAGAGCGCGCUGUUCACGGCAAGGCUGUACCUCAGGAGACGGCUACUAGCAUGGUAUUGAUUGUGGGACUUACCCUCAUUCGAGUAUACUUCAGCCUUGUGGUGAUGGCAUUUGCACGCCAAGUAUUGCAAAAAUACAUGCAAUUGAUGAUCCUUGAAGGACCCGGUGUGGAUGAGAACGAAGGACCCUUCGCUGCUGACCUUCCAGACGGUGACGGCCGAAAAGGACGACUGGGCAGACUCAUGGUGUCUUUGGGCAAGCGGUACUGGUUGGAUAUUCCGGGUUCUGAGAACUGGGAGAGGAGUGUACACGGAAAACCGCAUACUAGUAGCGGUACUCUAGCGGGGCAAGUGUAA